AUGUCACGAAACGCAUUGGCCAAGGACGUCUUUGUUAAGCUCAUUGUUGGAGCUGGUCAGGCCAGUCCCAGUCCCCCUGUUGGUCCGGCCCUGGGAAGUAAAGGUGUUAAGUCCAUGGACUUUUGCAAGGAAUUCAAUGCCCGCACAGCUCACAUCAACACCGGUGUCCCAAUUCCCGCGCGUGUUACUGUCCGCCCCGACCGAUCUUUCUCCUUUGAACUCCGCACCCCAACCACCACCUACCUUCUGCUCAACGCGGCCAAUGUCGAACCCCGAAAGAACCGACUGCGUGGUGCGAUGAACCCCGGCCACGAUGUUUGUGGCAAGAUCUCCCUUAAGCACGUUUACGAGAUCGCCAAGCUCAAGCAAACCGAGACGCGGUUAUCAGGCUUGUCCCUGGAGGGAUUGUGCAAGAGUGUCAUGUCCCAGGCCAAGUCCAUUGGUAUCCAGGUCGUCCCCUGA